CUUUUAAAUUCUUACUACGUUAGUUUAUGCAGGGAAAACGUUAGUUUUAAAUUUCUGAAGGAACAGAAAAGUUGUGAGAAAACAUAUUUUGUGAAAGUAACUGCAUAACUGAUGUUGUCAUGCAGGAACCAUUGCAGGGAAAGCGGCCCCAUGUGAAAACAGAAAAAAUGAUGGAAUUUAUAAAGACGCAAGAGGAACAGCAUAAACAUUUUUCGUGUCCAUUUGAGGGAUGUACCAAAGUACUAACAAGUUAUCCAGGCUUAAAAUAUCACAUCCAGAGAAACCAUGAACCCCAGAGUGGUGGAUUCAUAUGUGGAAAAUGUGAAAGAUCUUUUAAAAGUUCUAAUGGUUUGAGGUAUCAUUGUGAGAGAGGUCGUUGUGAAGAGGGAACCAGAAGAACAGAUUCUGCUUCAGACGAAGAACUUCCUUCAGAAAACCUUCAAGGUUAUGGGGCUGCUGCUGUUAAACAAGAGAAACUAUCAAAGAAGAAAAUUCCACCUGCACUUGACUUAAGUAAUUUAAAUGACCCUGCAUAUGGAACAGAGAGACUGACAGAAUUUGCCAUAAUUGCCACCAGUCCACUGGUACAGAGAGCACCAAUGAAACCAUGGGAAAUACCAAGUGGUCAGCUUGAGUUGUAUUUAAGAGUUAAACAGGAAUGUGACACAGGCAAUGUGGUAGAAAUGGAAACGUCACCAUGCUUACAGGAAACCAGACUAUCUAGUACAGAUAAAAAUGGGAAUUAUUGUGAUAAUGAAGUGACAUCUUCAUCUGAGUCCAAAGCCAACAGAAAUGAUGUAUGGUCUCACCAGUGGCCAAAGCCUGUGUGGCAGUGCUUCAUAGCAGGAACAAAAGUUUGUAUUGGUUUUGUACAGUGGGUAGAUGUGGAGUAUGUAGCCUUACAGGAAUCAAUAGCUCAGAAAGCUGCUGGUCUUAAUGGAUAUGUUGAGAAGUAUGUUGCACCUAAUGGUUUACGACUGAUAGAAAUCAGAAAGUUUGCACAGCUGGACAAUAUAUCAAACUCUUUAGUACAUCUGUACUUUACAUCAGACGUUCCAUUACAACAGAAUAUGUGUGCUGAAUGUACAAUCGAUCAUCCAUUCUUUGUCAAAGGAAAAGGUUGGUGUUCCAAUGACCCAGUAUUAACAGCACAGCAUUAUGGGAUACCAUGUAACAGACUGGAAACAAAUGAUGUGUGUCUACAACCAUCUCACAGUGAGCCAACUGAAACAAGAACAAAUUAUGACCAGUUUACCCCGAUGGACAGAUCUGCUGUGUACACCCUGAGUACUAUGGCACAGAAGACAUCCAGUCCAAAGAAAAGUCCGCAUAGUUCUCCCACCAAGAAAAGGCAACUUAAACUGGACCAGCCUAAACCAAAGAGGCCCAUGAAUGCUUUUAUGUUAUUUGCUAAGGAUCACAGAGAGGAAUACACCCAGAAAUAUCCUGGAAAAGAUAACAGGGCCAUUAGUGUUCUAUUAGGUGACGAAUGGCAGAAAAUGGGUUUAAACCAUCGUCAUGUUUAUUCGGAGAAGGCAAAACUGAUGGCAGACCAACAGAAAAAGAUUCACCCAGAUUGUUGGAAGAGGAAGAAAUGAUUCUGUGGAGAAGAUUUUGUCCAUAUUGAUCUCAUAUUUAUAUCACUGCCAUGGUGAACUACAACAUAAUGGAGGCCUAGUAAUACAACAAAGGCAAAGCUCAGUAUUGUAGUCGGAUAGUCACAACAAACUGCUAGAUUCUUAACAAGAUUAUUCAUAAAAAUUUAUGGAAUUCAAGAUUUCCUUUAUCUAUUUGUGACAUCUGUAGAUGCCUGUCUCUACAUUUGUAUAAUUAAAGUUUCCCUAUGCCUGUUCAUGUAGAUUUGUAAUUUGGACUUUUUUUCAGUUUUUGAACGAUUGUUUUUGUAGAUUGUUUUUGUAAUGAAUAUUUUUACUGAGAAUAUUAACAGAUCUGCAAAAUAUCAAGUGUUUCAAAAUGAUAGAUAUAUCUUUUUCUGAAGUGUUAUAAUUUAAGGAUUGUGCCCCCUAUUUAACUAAAGUGAUGACAUCAUUUGACCUACUUUAAUAUGGAAUUUAAUGAAUAAUCUUUGAUAAGAAUCCACAGUUUGUUGUUUAUUUUUAUUCUGUCGACAUUCCUAUUUAAUUUUGAUGACUUUAUAAUUGUUUUAUUAUAUUUGAUAUUCCUAUAUUUAUAUAUAGUCAAUCAGACUUAAACUGUUAAUUGAUAUGUUUUUUAUUAUGUCUUAUAAUGUGUUCAGAGGAGAGAAAUAUGUCUUUUGUAUUGUUUUGGCUUUUUACAUGCAAUUAUUUUAUCGAUAUAGGAAAACGACUAUGUAUAUUAAGAAACAUGUUCAGUUUUUAUACGACCGCAAAUUUUUUCAAAAUUUUCGUCGUAUAUUGCUAUCACGUUGGCGUCGUCGUUGUCGUCGUCGUCCGAAUACUUUUAGUUUUCGCACUCUAACUUUAGUAAAAGUGAAUAGAAAUCUAUGAAAUUUUAACACAAGGUUUAUGACCAUAAAAUGAAGGCUGGUAUUGAUUUUGGGAGUUUUGGUCCCAACAUUUUAGGAAUUAGGGGCCAAAAAGGGCCCAAAUAAGCAUUUUCUUGGUUUUCGCACUAUAACUUUAGUUUAAGUUAAUAGAAAUCUAUGAAAUUUUGACACAAGGUUUAUGACCACAAAAGAAAGGUUGGGAUUGAUUUUGGGAGUUUUGGUUUCAACAGUUUAGGAAUUAGGGGCCAAAAAAGGGCCCAAAUAAGCAUUAUUCUUGGUUUUCGCACAAUAACUUUAGUUAAAGUAAAUAGAAAUCACUGAAAUUUAAACACAAUGUUUAUGACCACAAAAGGAAGGUUGGUAUUGAUUUUGGGAGUUUAGGUCACAACAGUUUAGGAAUUAGGGGCCAAAAAGGGACCCAAAUAAGCAUUUUUCUUGGUUUUCGCACCAUAACUUUAGUAUAAGUAAAUAGAAAUCUAUGAAAUUUAAACACAAGGUUUAUGACCAUAAAAGGAAGGUUGGUAAUGAUUUUGGCAGUUUUGGUCCCAACAGUUUAGGAAUAAGGAGCCCAAAGGGUCCAAAAUUAAACUUUGUUUGAUUUCAUCAAAAUUGAAUAAUUGGGGUUCUUUGAUAUGCCGAAUCUAACUGUGUAUGUAGAUUUUUAACUUUUGUUCCUUUUUUCAAAUUGGUCUACAUUAAGGUCCAAAGGGUCCAAAAUUAAACUUUGUUUGAUUUUGACAAAAAAUUAAUCGUUUGGGUUCUUUGAUAUGCUGAAUCUAAAAAUGUACUUACAUUCUUGAUUAUUGGCCCAGUGUUCAAGUUGGUCCAAAUCGGGGUCCAAAAUUAAACUUUGUUUGAUUUCAUCAAAAAAUGAAUAAAUGGGGGUUCUUUGAUAUGCCAAAUCUAACUGUGUAUGUAGAUUCCUCAUUUUUGGUCUUGUUUUCAAAUUGGUCUACAUUAAAGUCCAAAGGGUCCAAAAUUAAACUUAGUUUGAUUUUAACAAAAAUUGAAAUCUUGGGGUUCUUUGAUAUGCUGAAUCCAAACAUGUACUUAGAUUUUUGAUUAUGGGCCCAGUUUACAAGUUGGUCCAAAUCAGGAUCUAUAAUUAUUAUAUUAAGUUUUGUGCAAUAGCAAGUCUUUUCAAUUGCACAGUAUUGCGCAAUGGCAAGAAAUAUCUUAUUGCAAAAUAUUGUGAAAUAGCAAUUUUGUUUUUUAUUAGAGUUAUCUUUCUUUGUCAAGAAUAGUAAGCAAGAAAUAUCUAAUUGUAAGAAUUUUUUUUAUUUGGAGUUAUCUUUCUUUGUCCAGAAUCAACUCAAAUCUUUGUUAUAUAUACAAUAUACAAUGUAUAUUCACUUUUUACUACCAACUGAUAAAUUAAAAUAAUCUUUACCAUUCAGUGAUAACAAGCAGUUUUUUUACAUCUUAAUAUUUUAUGAUGUAUUUAAAUGAGUAGUUAUUGUUGCAAACUCCAUUAGAAAUUUUAAUUGAGAUUAGUUUUGGAAUAAGGGAAAGGGGGAUGUGAUUAAAAAAAUUGGGUUCAAUUUUCUCAUUUGAAAUUUCAUAAAUAAAAAGAAAAUUUCUUCAAACAUUUUUUGGAGAGGAUUAAUAUUCAACAGCAUAGUGAAUUGCUCUAAGAGAAAACAAAAAUUUUAAGUUCAUUAGAACACAUUCAUUCUGUGUCAGAAACCUAUGCUGUGUCAACUAUUUAAUCACAAUCCAAAUUUAGAGCUGAAUCCAGCUUGAAUGUUGUGUCCAUACUUGCCCCAACCGUUCAGGGUUCAACCUCUGCGGUCGUAUAAAGCUACGCCCUGCGGAGCAUCUGGUUGUUUUAUUGAAGUGUAAGUGGAUGUUAUUGAAACCUGACAUAGUCACUUUACUUAAACAGAGCUAGAUUUAACUUUAGAAUUUCUUUAAAUAGGGUCAUUUUAUUAGAGGUUUAUUAAAAAAAACAAAAAAAACAACCCUAUUAUUAAAGAAUUCAGUGUUAACCUUGAAUAAAACUUUAUUAUGUGUCUUUUUAUGCCCUACCUACGAUAGUAGUUCACUGAACAUGGAAAAUGAUAGUGCAAGUGGGGCAUCCGUGUUCUAUGGACAUAUUCUUGUUAUUUCUCAUUUUUAUACGACCGCAAAUUUUGAAAAAAUUUUCGUCGUAUAUUGCUAUCACGUUGGCGUCGUCGUCGUCGUUGUCCAAAUACUUUUAGUUUUCGCACUCUAACUUUAGUAAAAGUGAAUAGAAAUCUAUGAAAUUUUAACACAAGGUUAAUGACCAUAAAAUGAAGGCUGGUAUUGAUUUUGGGAGUUUUGGUCCCAACAUUUUAGGAAUUAGGGGCCAAAAAGGGCCCAAAUAAGCAUUUUCUUGGUUUUCGCACUACAACUUUAGUUUAAGUUAAUAGAAAUCUAUGAAAUUUUGACACAAGGUUUAUGACCACAAAAGAAAGGUUGGGAUUGAUUUUGGGAGUUUUGGUUUCAACAGUUUAGGAAUUAGGGGCCAAAAAAGGGCCCAAAUAAGCAUUAUUCUUGGUUUUCGCACAAUAACUUUAGUUAAAGUAAAUAGAAAUCAAUGAAAUUUAAACACAAUGUUUAUGACCACAAAAGGAAGGUUGGUAUUGAUUUUGGAAGUUUCGGUCCCAACAGUUUAGGAAUUAGGGGCCAAAAAGGGACCCAAAUAAGCAUUUUUCUUGGUUUUCGCACCAUAGCGUUAGUAUAAGUAAAUAGAAAUCUAUGAAAUUUAAACACAAGGUUUAUGACUAUAAAAGGAAGGUUGGUAUUGAUUUUGGGAGUUUUGGUCCCUACAGUUAAGGAAAAAGGGGCCAAAAGGGUCCAAAAUUAAACUUUGUUUGAUUUCAUCAAAAUUGAAUAAUUGGGGUUCUUUAAUAUGCCGAAUCUAACUGUGUAUGUAGAUUCUUAAUUUUUGGUCCCGUUUUCAAAUUGGUCUACAUUAAGGUCCAAAGGGUCCAAAAUUAAACUUAGUUUGAUUUUAACAAAAUUGAAACCUUUGGGUUCUUUGAUAUGCUGAAUCUAAAAAUGUACUUAGAUUUUUGAUUAUUGGCCCAGUUUUCAAGUUGGCCCAAAUCGAGGUCCAAAAUCAAACAUUGUUUGAUUUCAUCAAAAAUUGAAUAAUUGGGGUUCUUUGAUAUGCCGAAUCUAACUGUGUAUAUAGAUUCUUAAUUUUUGGUCCAGUUUUAAAAUUGGUCUAAAUUAAAGUGCAAAGGGUCCAAAAUUAAACUAAGUUUGAUUUUAACAAAAAUUAAAUUCUUGGGCCUCUUUGAUAUGCUGAAUCGAAACAUGUACUUAGAUUUUUGAUUAUGGGCCCAGUUUUCAAGUUGGUCCAAAUCAGGAUCUAAAAUUAUUAUAUUAAGUAUUGUGCAAUAGCAAGUCUUUUCAAUUGCACAGUAUUGUGCAAUGGCAAGAAAUAUCUAAUUUCACAAUAUUGUGAAAUAGCAAAUUUUUUUUUAAUUAAGAGUUAUCUUUCUUUGUCCAGUAUAGUAAGCAAGAAAUAUCUGCAAGAAUUUUUUUUAAUUGGAGUUAUCUUUCUUUGUCCAGAAUCAACUUAAAUCUUUGUUAUAUACAAUAUACAAUGUAUAUUCACUUUUUACUACCAACUGAUAAAUUUAAAUAAUCUUUACCAUUCAGUGAUAACAAGCAGUUUUUUUACAUCUUAAUAUUUUAUGAUGUAUUUAAAUGAGUAGUAAUUGUUGCAAACUCCAUUAGAAUAUUUUAAUUGAAAUUAGUUUUGGAAUAAGGGAAAGGGGGAUGUGAUUAAAAAAUUGGGUUAAAUUUUUCUCAUUUGAAAUUUCAUAAAUAAAAAGAAAAUUUCUUCAAACAUUUUUUUGAGAGGAUUAAUAUUCAAAAGCAUAGUGAAUUGCUCUAAGAGAAAACAAAAAUUUUAAGUUCAUUUGAAUACAUUCAUUCUGUGUCAGAAACCUAUGCUGUGUCAACUAUUUAAUCAGGAUCCAAAUUUAGAGCGGAAUCCAGCUUGAAUGUUGUGUCCAUACUUGCCCCAACCGUUCAGGGUUCAACCUCUGCGGUCGUAUAAAGCUACGCCCUGCGGAGCAUCUGGUUCUUCCAUUUUAACACCAAAAAAAACUCUGUGUAUAAUAGGAAAAAAAGAUUUUACUCUGAUUGUUUUCUUAAUAUUGAUUUAUUUGAUUUAUUUAAUGAGCUACAAUAUUUUAUAUGAUGUUACUAAUUAUUACCUUAUGUUUUAAUGUUAGUCCUUCCAUCUUGAAAUUACUAAUGUGAAUGGUUGUUCAUAGAAAGUUUUGCUUUGGCUAAGUAUUUGAAUAUAUUUUAUCUGCAAACUGUACACAGAAUAUGAAAAUGUUAAGUUUUGAAUGUCAUAUUUUAUAAUGAAAUUUUAAGUUAAAGGAUGACACAUUUUAUGUACAACUAUAUAGUGCUUGUGUAAGUUUGAUUUUUGUUUGCGGUAGAGAAGACAUUAUAGAUUUGUGAAAUUGUAUACACUACACUGUUAUACUAUUGCAUUUAGACAAAAUGUAUUAUGAACUGGACUUUUGGUGCGAAAUUGAAUUUAAAGAUAUAUUAUAGCUUGUCCUUUUAAUUGUUUUUGUUUGCAGAAUAUUUGUUCUUGUAUAUUUUAUUUAGUGGAUGGUUUUAAAGUAAAUAGUAUAUUUAUAUGUUGGUUACACCAUACAUGAUAGUCAGGUUGUUGAAUUCCAGCUAACAGUGGAAUGUGCUCAGACUUGUGUUUACAUAUAUAGCCAAUACAAAAAUCUACAGAACAUCGUUAAAUAUUGUUAAAUUGAUAGCUAGCAGGUCGAGAGAGAAAAGUGUAUGUCAUUUGGUCCCUGUUGACAGUCUUAAUUUGCAAUCAUAUCACAUCUUCUUUCUGUAGUCCUAGAAAGGAUUUAUUUUGAAUAGAAAUUCUAAGGUGUACUGUAAAAGCAUAAAUUUCUGUCGGGGAUUUAAUUUUGUUUUUUUCAUGGAAAGAAUAUAUCCAAUAAAUUAAAACCCAAAACAAUUUUUUUUAAUUUUCAUAUAAUAACACUUGCAUUUAUUGGAAACCACAAAAUUAAAUCCCCAUGAAAUCUUAUAUAGAGACAAAACCACGAAAUUUUAAUGUUACUACAGUAUAUAGGAAAAUCUUCAGUCAUUAUCAAUUUGUUUGAUUUAUGAAUAAGCAGAAGAACAUUGGCUAUAGCCUUCACAAUUCUGGGAAUGUUUCGUUGUUUUACAAGGAAAGUUGAUCUCAACCAUUAUGAGCUAUGAAUAUCAUUACUUAUAUAUAUAGAAGUUUUAUCAUUAUUAACAAUUGUUAUUGUUUAAAGUAUAGUGCUAUACAUUUGUCUGUUGUUAAGCUGUUUGAAUGUUUUUUUAUUUUUGUUUUAAGGAUUUUUUGUUAAAAAAUACUUCAUUCAAAAAGAUAACUAUCAUUGAAAUCAAAUUAUUUUUAAGUUGUUCAAUUUUCAUUAAAAAAAAUUAAACUUUUCAAAUGCUCAAUGGAAUUAUUCCCUUUAGGACUGUGGAGAAAAUGUCCGUUUUCUAGUCUACAUUUUUGUAUAUAUCUAUAUGUUUAUAUAUAUAUUUGUAAAAGUGCUAUCUUUUGAAGAGUGCUAUUUAAUUUUGUUUCUACUUUUUGUAGUGGAUUCGAAGAAUCAAGUGCUUCAUGUUUGCAAUAUUAUAUUUAUUUAGCUUCAAUCUUUGUAAUCUAGAUUUGUUUUUUGUUUGUUUAUAGUAUUAAAAUGGGACUGGAUAUUUCAAGCUCAGUUUUUGCAGGAAGGAGUACACAUUUAUCUUCUUUCACUCCCGAUGACAAAAUGUCUUUAAUUAUCAUUGCACAAUUCACUGCUUCAGAAUCUAAUGCAUUCUGGGUAAUAUUUUCAAAAGCGUGCAACAAAAUGUUGUGAUUGGCUGAAAUCAAACUAUGGAAUCAUUGAUAAUGAAAAUUCAACUAAUGAUGUAAUGUUAUUUUCUUUGUGGGUUCAGUUUAAAAAUAUGAAAUGAUAUUUCUAUUUAAAAAAAAUUAAUAGUACUCCUAGGAAGAAUUUUUUAAUCAAUUGCAAAGCUAUUUGGUGGUUAAACUUAAGUGUAAAUUAUUUUUUCAACUAUUCUUUUAUUAUAAAAUUUGAUAUGAUGAGUAUGUUGAGUUCCAGUCCUGUUGUAUAGUUAAGCUGCAUUGCAUAUUUUUCUUACUUUUGAAUUGUAGACUUCAAUUUGAUCUCAUAAAUUAUUUAUAAUAUAUUUACAGUGGAAAAUGGAUAAGUAACAUAAAAAUGUAAAAAAUCUCUGAAUAAAAUUGAAUAAAAUGAUAUUGAGGGGAAAUUGUUGAACUUCUGAGUAAAGAAAAAAAUGAGGAACAUUUGAUUUUGCCUUAAUGAUGUGAAGCACAAGCAUUUCCCAAAAUAAUUGUUUUGGCAGCUAAUGGAAAAUCUAUUAAUAUAACUGUGAAAAUAAUUUUUGGGCUAGGAUUGUGAUCUAUUUUACUUAUGCCUAAUCAACCUUAAAAUUUACAUAGACUUAAAGAGUUAAAAUAUAAUGCUCCUUGCUGUUGCAACAGUUUUGUAUGAAAAGGAAAUGGUGUUGAUCAUUGAAGAAAAUAGUUAAAUGUACCAAGAGUUUCUAAGAUUUUCAACAUGUAUGCUUACAUUUUAUAUAUUUUAAUUGAUCUUUUGUUUCAUUUCAUGUGGCAUUUUAUCAAAAUAUUACAAAAAGUGAAUUUUGUUGUGACUUUAAAUGAUUCAAGGCAGCUGUUUGUCUGUUUUCAUUGGUGUAUUAUCAAACUCAUCAACCAGUAAAACGAGAUCUUAUAUUGUUCACUAUCUCAAAUCAAGAACCAAUGAUGAGGCAGCUUUUUUUAUCUGGCAUUUUAUUGGUGCACAUCACUCAUUUUUAACCAAUGGCCAGGCAGCAUUUAUAUUGGGCAUUUAGUUGGUGCAUCAUUGAUCCAUAAUUGUGUUUAUUGAUGAAAAUGCAUUAAUGAUUAAUUUGUUUGAUAAAAUGAAAUACAUGUGAAUGUACAUAUUAAUAUAGAGCUACCCCUUUUUAUUUCCAUAUCCCAUUUUAAUUUUCCAGAUUCAAUAAAAAUUUAAUUGUAUCUCAAUAUACAUUGUACAUUGUAUAAUGCAAGAUAGAACCAUAAACUAUGGGUGUUUCCUGUUUUUGAUAAUUUAAUUAGGGUUAAUGUAUAGCAACAAAAGUACAUAUAUGACUUUGAAUCAUCGUCGUCAUCAGUGACAUAUGCUUUGUUGUAUUCAACUUUGCAAUCAUUCUCCUUACUUAUAUUUUUCCAUUCUCCAUAUUCAACUUUUAUUGUCUAUCAGCAGAAAAUUAUCGGUGCAACUCUUUAAUGUAUACAGUUAAUUGUAAGAUUUUCCCUUAAAGGUAGAUCUUAAAUAUUUUAAAACUCCAUCAUAUAAGGGGAGAUAACUUAGAUAUUUUUAAAUAAAAAUCAAGGAAUGUUAAGUGUAUUUACCUAUUUUGUUUUGAAAGAGGAAAACAAGUAAGUCUUGUUACCCAGAUUUUUAUUUAUAUAAUAUACCUACCGUAAGUACAUUAUAAGGGCUACCUUCUCAUAAUUUACAAAAAAUCUAUUGUCUAGUUUUCUUUCUACCCCAGUAUCCACAUAAAAUUUAAUCUUGGAAAAAAGAAACAAUUCUUAAAAAAAAAAGUGUUGAGGUCGUGUUCAGGUCAUGGAUUAGUGAAUAGACUAUGUUGCAGUUUUGAGAAUAGUAAAACAAAAUAGGUAUUGACUACAUAUUGAUUAUUUUAUUAUUAUCAUUCAAAUUAGGAAAUUCUACUGUAUUGCAUAUUGAUUAUGUUUUUUGAUUCUUUUUUAUAAUGAUUUUUAAUCAGAUAAUCAAGUCUUUAUGAAUAAUAAAGAACAAAAAUCAA